CACAAAUUAUGAGAAAGAAAACCCUAAAACUGACCCGACCCAUUUCCGCCACUGAGGGAAGAGGGGUUGAUGGGUGGUGGGUUCAUCUUUCAACAGAAACGGAUUUGGAGACGAGUUCCUGAGAUCAUCUUCCUCUUCCUUCUCUUCAAAUUCUGGGGCUUUCUCUUUUAGAUUUGAAUCCACCACAACUAGAAGGAUAACGAUAACGUCAGAUUAUGGAGGACAUGGACAUUGAUCAGGUAGUGGAUGUACCUGACACGCCUGAUAGAUUAGCUUCCAGACACAUUAGUGGCAGGGAAUCUGUUGGUAAAGUCUGUAAUUCACCAUUAGCUUGUGACUUGAGUAAUCCAGAUGUUGUGGAUGAAAACUAUGUGAAUGGACUGAAGGUCAGAGGAAGGUUCGUCAGUGAAAAUGGGCAUAAUAGAAGAAUUGUUAGACAUCCUCCGAGAAAUCUUAGCAAUCUCGAUAUUAAGAGUUGCAGCAACUCAAAUGUUGAUAAUUCAUCUGCUUCCCAUAAUGCUCACAUCUUUCGGAGAGCAACAGUGGGCAAAAGCUCCAGUCAUGAAGCCAAAUAUUCUACUGGAAUUGAAAAUAUGGACGAAGGAAAGGCUAUGACCAUCAAAGUUCCUUCUAAAUCAUCUGCUUGCCAUGAAAACACUAAAUUUUUUGAUUUAACCAAACACAAUGGUUACACCCAAUUAACGAAAAAGGUUUUUCCACAUGUUGAAUUGGAAGAUCAUGUUGCUGAAGACACAAGAAAAGGGCAAGUUGCGUCAAUUGGCAGUUCUUCUGUAGAUUGCAUUUCAAGUCAUGCGGAGAGAUCCAGAAAUGCUCCCAAGGGGAAAGAAAAAAUAGAUGAUAGUACAAAGGGUUUUGGGUUAGCUGUGGCUCUUGACAAGGGGGUUGGUCUGUCCAUUGAUCCUGAACAUAAAAUGGGGCAACAAAUGCCCGUUCCUCUUCAUUCUGUUAUCCAGCCAAGAGUCAGCGGCCAAAAAAGGUUGGUACGAAAUGGGUGUAUUUCCCCCCAUAAUAUAGCAACAAGGACUAAACAGUUAGCUGAACAGCGUAGCAAUAGUUCCAAGGAUAUUGAACAAAGUCACACAGGGAAUGCAGAUUCCAAUGGUUCACCAUAUGUCAUAGACAUAAAUGACAUAGUUACUGAAGGCAAUAAUAGUGGAAGACUGAAAGGGAAAGGGAAAGGUGUAAUAAUUCAUUCUCCUACACCUAAGGCGAAUAAUGCAAGAAUUAUUCGUACAUCAGGCAGCGGUCUUGUGAAUAAUAAUAAAGAAGCUAAUGGAAUAUGGGAUGCCAGUAGCAAUAUUUCUGGACGCUCUGAAGGACUAGGUGGUUGGAGAAGUACACAUAAUCGUUCAAGUCAAAUAGAUUAUUUCUUGCCUGAUUCCACUGAGCCUCUUCCCAGGAGAACUAAUGGUGUUGGGAACUUUGUCAAUCAACAUCAAAACAGAGUAGAGAGGAGAGAUACCAGGAGUCGAGGAAAUCGAAGGACUGAAGAUGAUGUGGCAGAAGAACUGAAUGCAACUCAAAAAGCUUCAGGACUUGUGUCUGAGCUGGACCGGAUACCUGGGUCAUGUCAUGCAGCAAAGACAGUUACUAAAAGGCAGAGGAAACAGGGAUUAAGUUUGGGAAAUCAUGCUGAAUGCUCUACAUCGGUGUCUGGGGACUCAGAUAUUCUUUUUCUUGGUUCAUCUGAAAAUUCAAAAUCAUCUAGGAUCCAGAGACCUCAAUUUCAGGGAAUGUCAAGUCGAGUUAUUGAGGUUGAUGACUUAUCACCUGCUGCAGGGCACUCUGUGCACCAAGGCAUUGAUUCCGUGAAUGAUGAUUCCAAUGCUAGGGCAAGACAACUAGAAGCAGAUGAGAUAUUGGCUCGUGAACUCCAGGAGCAAUUAUAUCAUGAGGUGCCUAUCAGUGGAGGUGGCGAGCAGAUUGAUGAACAUCUGGCGUGGGCACUGCAGCAGGAGGAGAAUGCUUCAAAUACUUCCAGAGGAAGUCACAAUUUAUCACAUCGUAGAGGCUCAACAAUCUUGCAUUCGAAUAGACAAUCGCGGCCAGAGUCUUUUCAAAACCAUUCCAAUAGGAGAGGAACCCAGGCUCGAGUUGCUACCUCGUCUAGAAUGGCACAGUUAAGGACUCGCUUUCGCAACCAGUCUCCUAGAGUAUCAACUAGAGGAAGAAAUAUGCGAUUUCCUUUGGACAUGGAUCUAGACAUGAGACUUAAUAUAUUAGAAGCUAUAGAGGCAGCAUUUGAUGACCUUGGUGAGGUGGGACUGGAUAAUCGCAUGCUUCGAGUUCAGAGGGAUUUUAAUGACAAUGAUUAUGAGAUGUUGUUGGCACUCGAUGAUAAUAAUCAUCAGCAUGCUGGUGCAACAGUUCAUCAAAUUAAUAAUUUGCCACAAUCUACAGUACAGAGUGAUGCCUCAGAAGAAGCCUGUGCAAUUUGUCUUGAAACUCCCACAAUUGGAGAAACAGUUCGCCAUCUUCCUUGCUUGCACAGAUUUCACAAAGAUUGCAUCGAUCCAUGGCUCGGUAGAAGAACUUCAUGCCCAAUUUGUAAGUGUUCGAUCACAUAGUUUGCGCUGUGAUUCACUGCCCAGGCCAUCUUCUGAAAAGAGUGUCUUAAUACUGCAAGCAGUAUCCUUUUGGAAUCAUGGCAAUCCGUGAUUCAAUUUUCGGUUUUCUCAUUGAAGUUGUGGUAGCAGAAAUUAAGAAUUUGUUGAAGUGGAAACAAUGUGCAUAAUUAGAUUUUCAUAUAAGAGAGCUCAAGUUUACCUGUCUA